AUGUCAGACACGGCAGUGGGCACCAGCUCCGAGAUCACCACCAAGGACUUGAAGGAGAAGGAAGUUGUGGAGGAGGCAGAGAAUGCAAGAGAUGCACCUGCCAAUGGGAACGCUCAAAAUGAGGAAAAUGGGGAUUGGGAGACUGACAAUGUUGUAGAUGGAGAAGAGGAAGAAUGUGAAGAAGGUGAUGGUGAGGAAGAGGAUGGAGAUAAAGUUGAGGAAGCUGAGGCUUCUAUGGGCAAGCAGGUGACUGAGGAUGUUGAGAAAGAUGGUGCUGACACCAAGAAGUACAAGACUGAUGAGGAUGACUAG